AAACCAUAUAAUAAGCAUAUCAUAUGAUAUUACAUGUCACACACUCUCUCUCUCUCUCUCUCUCUCUCUCUCUCUCUCUCUCUCUCUCUCUCUCUGGUCGUCUUCAUAAUUUGUGUUAACAAAUUAUCAUAGAUAGAAGAAAAUUCCAAGGUAGCUAGGAAUCAAGCAUGAGUAGUUUGAGGAAUGAGAAUGAAGAAGGAAGGGAUCUUAAGAAGCCAUUUCUACACACAGGAAGUUGGUUCAAAAUCAAUGAAAGAAAACAAUCAAGUUUGUUUGGGUCAACUCAAGCCAUUCGUGACUCUUCCAUCUCUGUCAUUGCUUGUGUUCUCAUUGUUGCUUUGGGUCCUAUUCAGUUUGGUUUUACAGCAGGUUAUACUUCACCUACACAAUCAGCUAUCAUCACUGAUCUUGGCCUCUCAGUUUCUGAGUUCUCUUUGUUUGGUUCUUUGUCCAAUGUGGGUGCUAUGGUUGGAGCAAUAGCCAGUGGUCAAAUUGCUGAGUAUAUGGGGCGCAAAGGGUCUUUGAUGAUUGCAUCCAUUCCCAAUAUUAUUGGUUGGUUGAUGAUCUCAUUUGCAAAUGAUUCUUCUUUUCUCUAUAUGGGAAGGUUGUUGGAAGGAUUUGGCGUCGGAAUAAUAUCUUACACGGUGCCAGUGUAUAUAGCUGAGAUAUCACCUCAAAACUUGAGGGGAAGUCUGGUUUCGGUUAACCAGCUUUCUGUCACCCUUGGAAUUAUGCUGGCUUAUCUGCUAGGACUUUUUGUUGAAUGGAGAUUCCUUGCAAUUUUAGGAAUUAUACCCUGCACAUUAUUAAUACCUGGUUUAUUCUUCAUUCCUGAGUCUCCAAGAUGGCUAGCAAAAAUGGGCAUGACAGAAGAAUUUGAAAAUUCCUUGCAAGUGCUCAGAGGUUUUGAAACUGAUAUUUCGGUUGAAGUUAAUGAAAUUAAGACCGCUGUUGCAUCGGCAAAUAGAAGAACUACCGUUCGAUUUUCAGAACUCAAGCAAAGAAGAUAUUGGCUUCCAUUAAUGAUCGGAAUUGGCCUGCUUGUUUUGCAACAGCUUUCUGGGAUAAAUGGUGUUCUUUUUUAUUCCAGUACCAUCUUUCAAAAUGCUGGAAUUAGUUCGAGUGACGUAGCUACAUUUGGAGUUGGUGCUGUUCAGGUUCUUGCCACCACUUUAACUUUGUGGUUGGCAGACAAAUCCGGUCGUCGGCUCCUACUUAUUGUUUCUUCAUCAGCAAUGACUUUAAGUCUUUUGGUUGUGUCGAUCUCAUUCUACUUGAAGGAUUAUUAUAUAUCAGCAGAUUCUUCUUUAUAUGGGAUAUUGAGCCUCUUAUCGGUGGCCGGAGUUGUGGUCAUGGUUAUUGCAUUCUCUUUGGGAAUGGGAGCUAUGCCAUGGAUUAUAAUGUCUGAGAUUCUUCCGAUUAACAUCAAAGGCCUUGCCGGAAGUUUUGCAACACUUGCCAAUUGGUUCUUUUCGUGGUUGAUUACAUUGACAGCAAAUUUGCUCUUGGAUUGGAGUUCUGGAGGAACCUUCACUAUAUAUACAGUUGUAUGUGCUUUCACAGUAGGAUUUGUUGCUAUUUGGGUCCCUGAGACAAAGGGAAAAACUCUUGAAGAAAUCCAACAAUUUUUCAGAUGAAGUUUCCUUUCUAGCAGCACUUCAACUAGUGCUUGCUCUUGUAUGCACCUUGAAAAUUUUUCCUCAUUGAUUCAAUUCCUUUUUAUGUUCUUUUGGCUUGUUAAAUAUGAAAACCAAAUAAGUAUAGUUGUUAUAUAUCUUACUUUUUUGUCAUGAUUAAUGGAAGAGUGCGGUUAUUAUGAAUUUCAA